CGUGUCUGUGUCCCCAUGUCUGUGUCCGUGUGUCCGUGUGUCCGUGCUCGGCCGCUCUCUCCGUUCCCGUUCCCGGGCAGGGCCGACACAGCGCCCCCCAGCGGCCGCAGCCCCCGACCGCCGCCUGCGGGGGCACGGCCAUGGCCCGGCCCCGCCCCAGGUCCCGCGCCGCGGCCCCGCUCUCGUCCCUCCGCCAGGAUGUCGGCCAAUGUCCCUGGAAGCUCAAACAUGGCUGCUGGCAGCAACCGCCGGCUUCAGCAAACUCAGCACCAAGUAGAUGAGGUUGUUGACAUCAUGAGGGUGAACGUGGACAAGGUCCUGGAGCGGGAUCAGAAGCUGUCAGAGCUGGAUGACCGAGCUGAUGCCCUGCAAGCAGGGGCUUCCCAGUUCGAGACCAGCGCGGCCAAGCUGAAGAGGAAGUACUGGUGGAAGAACUGCAAGCUGUUGCCAAAGGUUGGAAUCAUCUUUGAUGUGGGCAAUAUUGAUAGGUGUUGUUGUCAUUAUCAUCAUCAUCAUUAUUGUCUGGAGAGCAUAUUCAUGAAUUACAAGAAGAAACUCAAUUCAACUGAAGGUGCCUUUGAGAAUCUUCUUCAGCCUCUCCACUUCAAACCUGCUGCCUUCUCAGCCCGUUUACUGCUGUUUAAAGCAAACCUAUUUUGAUUAUCGAGACGUUAACUAACUUUACUGGUCGCCUUAAGACACUCCUGUCAUUAAUUACUAAC